AUUAGUUUUUCCACCCCCCUUAAAAUAUUUAUUUUUAAUAGAAACAGGACCACAGAUUUCAUUUGGUAUUAUUCCAUUAUGGAAUGUGGUAUUUACUUCCGAUACCAGUAUUGCUGAUCAUAAGAAAUCUGCCUGACACUGGGCUCUCUCUUCAGGAUAGUCAUCCAGAAUACAGCAGCAGAAUGAUGUGUACAAAAGGCACUUUAUUAUGUUAAUCUUAAAAAUAUAUUGCUGUGCCCUCAGUGGUGUAACAAGAAUACUGAGGGUCAUAAAUCUUCACCAAAACAGUCACUGGAUCCUGAUUUUUUUCUGAUCUCAUAUACUAGGAACUGGCAGCUCUGAUUUAACUUCCACUGCAGCAGUGGUUGCUCAAACUUUCUGAAAACAUCCCUUCUCCCGAUAACUUUCAUAGGCAGGUGCAAUCCAAACCAUAGGAAUGCUUUUCUAGCACCGCUGCAGGUUUAGGGAAUCCAUAAAAACUGUGUGCCAGGGUGGCUGUAUUUUACAAAACUUGGGGAGUUCAUUCCUGGGGGACUGUAGAAAAGGCCUGGUGGCAUCUACCCUGUUCACAGCAAUGCCCCCCUCCAGUCCUAGGGACCGGGUCACUCAUAUUAUGGCUUUGACUGCAUGACGUACCUUUCACUUAUAAGCCGUAUUUCAUCAAAUGAUUUUUCAAAGUUAUGAGAGAGGCAAGGAUUUUUUGAGUGAUAUCUUCUGAAUCCAAAGACAGCUGGUUUGACUAGAAAGAAAACUGGUUUUCUCCUGCAGAUGUGCUGAUCCUGUUGAAAAGUAUAAUUAAAAAGCAGCAGUUCCACCUGAGAUGUUAUUCCCAGCUGUAAAGCUAAUGAGUUUGUGACAGAUAUUUCUGACAAUCCGUUUUAAUUGCAAGCUCACUCAGGUGAGGCUCUUGUUAACUCUCAAAGGAACUGUUGUAAAAUCAGUGCAGUUUUCCUUUAAGUCAGGAGUGCUAAAGUUUAAGAUUUUUGCACCUUAUGCAAAGCUUUCUGCUUCCGUGAAACAGCCUCUAUAAACUACUAUGUGUUAAUUGUAACAUAUUUUAUCCCAAUAAUAUCAAGUUCUUUUUAAUAUAUAAAACACUGUCAAAAGCCUGGAACUGUGAUGCCAUUUGAUAUUUCUCUCUCAUGGCUUUUAGUUCUAAGAUGGCAGAGUGACCAUGGGAGACUGGAAUUUCCUUGGUGGCAUUUUGGAGGAAGUCCACAUUCAUUCCACUAUUAUCGGAAAGAUCUGGCUAACUAUUCUAUUCAUAUUUCGAAUGCUUGUCCUUGGAGUGGCAGCUGAAGAUGUCUGGAAUGAUGAACAGUCAGAAUUCAUAUGCAAUACAGAGCAACCUGGCUGCAGAAAUGUUUGCUAUGAUGAGGCCUUUCCUAUCUCUCUUAUAAGAUACUGGGUCUUGCAAGUUAUAUUUGUGUCUUCACCUUCUUUGGUAUAUAUGGGCCAUGCCUUAUACAGACUAAGAGCAUUAGAAAAAGAGAGACAAAAGAAAAAGGCACAAGUCAGACUGGAGCUUGAAGGUGUUGAAUUAGAAAUGACUGAAAUUCGAAAAAGACUGGAGAGUGAGCUUCGUGAACUGGGCCAAAGAAAGCUAAACAAAGCACCUCUAAGAGGCUCCUUGCUUGGCACAUAUGUGAUGCAUAUUUUUACUAGAUCAGCAGUUGAAGUUGGGUUUAUGAUUGGGCAGUAUCUUCUUUAUGGUUUUCAGCUCGAUCCCCUCUACAAGUGUCAGAGAGAUCCAUGUCCAAACACGGUUGAUUGUUUUGUGUCGAGGCCAACGGAGAAGACUGUAUUCAUAUUAUUUAUGCAGUCAAUAGCAACCGUGUCACUGUGUUUAAACAUAUUGGAAAUUAUCCACCUAGGGUUCAAAAAAGUUAAGGAAGGGCUUUUUGGGCAGGAUGAGAAAAAGGAUGACAUUGAUGACUUCUAUGUAAGUAAAUCAAAGGCAAACUCCAUAGUACCCCGGUCUUCCAUGGGAACCUCUUCAACUCCACAAAAAACACUUCCUUCUGCACUCAGUGAUUACACCUUGCUGAUGGAAAAGCCUCCUGACACAGUGGUCUAUCCAGUUUUAAAUUCACCUUCUGUGUUCCAGUCUAUUCGAAACAGCCAGACAGAAAGUAGCGAUAAUUGCCUCCCAAUUGAACAAAAAAAUAAACAGUCAGAAGGGAUGCAGACUUCUAAUGCUGGGAACAGUCAGCCUGGCAAGACUAGCUCAAAUGAUAAUGAAACUUUAAUUAAAGUAUUUGAGUCAGAAAGCAAUUAUAUUCAGAAACAAGAUGAAGAAAAACAUUUCCCCAAUGGUACUUUUUGUGGUCGUAUAGAUGCUGCAAGAGGUAUGUGUUUAAACAGUCUUGUUGACCUGCCACCUGCGUGUUCUCUGCAAUCUGAUACUGCAUCCAUUGCUUCAACGGAUGGCCUGGCCAAGCCAGGUGAAACUCCUUCCUUGUGGAACUUCUCUGCGGUGUUUGCGAGUGUAGGGUCUCCAGCAAAUUCUCCCAUGGGCAAGAAUGGAAAACAACCUAGUUUCAGUGGAAGCAAAGCCCUGCCUGUUUGCAAGAUGGACUGCAAAACAUCCAGCAGACCAGACACUCCUGAUUCUCUGGGCAAGAUGAGCUCGGACUCCAAACAGUACAAGGACUACGAUAGUCCUCAGGUUCUCUCUCCGUCUCGGCAAAUGUCCUUGGCAAGGAACACCAGCAGCAGGCGUUCUCCUACCGAUCUCCAAAUCUAAGUGACUGGACAAUUUUUUCUUUUGUUUUUCAGCUAAUAUCUCAUCAAUAUAUUGCACCAGAAAUAUGUGAGCCCUGGGGAAAUGGGGACGUUGUACAGCACAGCAUGAGUAAUAGCUAUUUCUGAGGGUAGUCAGCUGUUCCACCUAGGGAAUGAGAAAUACUAAUAGAGUGAGCCCUUCUUCAGAAGUUGUGGGGUACUCUUCUAAAGAAGCAUGUAACAAUUCAAUCCAAUUCAUUUUUAAGGAUUCUGGCUAAAAGCCUUGAUCCUGAAAACAGCAUGGAAGCAUGUAACAAUUUACUUCUUGGUAAUACAAACAUGAAUUAAUGGGGAUGUCAGACUAAAUUACCCUCCCCUCCGUUCCAAAAACAGGAGGUGGUAAAGGUCACUGUCAUUUGUACCAACUCCUAUUGCAGGAAAAUUCUGGAAAUUUGAAAUUCAAGUUCUGGGCCUCGCUACAUACAAAGAAUAGAUUUUUAAUUGGCUGGGUAUAAAAAGAUAAAGAUUAAUUAUUAUUGUCUGAAAGCAUUUAAGAACUGCAAAGUGAAAUUAAGCAAAG